GUCCAGUUUUCACUAUUUUUAUACUCCCACGUCCUAAAUCGACCAGUUGAUGCAUUCCAAGUAUUUGACAGCAAGUAGUCUAAUAUCGUCUAAUAUUACAAACUCAGCUCCUUCUUCAGGUAAUAUAUAUUUGAAGUAUACUAGUUUUAUAUAUAAGGAGUGUGAAGAGAGUGAGUUAGAGAGCUAGAGAGGAGUGGUAGUAAUGUCCGUAGUAUAUUCUUUCUUUCUUACACCCAGCAGUUAGAGUUUUCAAAAUAUGAGGAUCAGGCUCUUCAUUUUUGCUUUCUUUCUUUUUGUCUCCUCCGAGAAUAUUGAACUUUUAGACAACGUCCUGAGGUCAAUGAGAAAAGGAUUGGACUUUUUUCGUUUGGAGCUGAAAAACUUGAAUUUGGAUAGCGUCAUAGGAACACGGAUUGUAGAAGGUCAAUUACAUCAAGCUCUCAUUUCCCAUCGAAAAAUACCUAACAGAAUUCGUUUGGAAAUUUCCAAUCUGAUAGAGAAAGCCGCUUUGAUCAGUAAUUUAUCGAUACCCUACAUUCAAUUGAACCAGCCAGAAUACUACAAUACUUUACAAGGUUCCAUUCAACCAGGAAUUUGGGAAUUGAAUGAAGAUCUACAAAGAACAUAUCAAGUAACCGAUCACUUUAUAAGCCCUAGAGAGCAAAUGAAAGAGAGCCAGUCUGAUGAAUGUGUCGCGAACGUUUUAGGAACAAAUGAUAAUCCAAAGAGGAAAUGUAUAAUUAAUAAAUUCUGCCUUGAUUUAAUGACAAUAGAUGGCUUUAGUAAAUACUCCUUAUCUCAUCAACUUUUCUUCUGGCAGCUCACUAAAAAGGCAGGUUGUCUUAAAGAUAAUUCUCUUAAACACAUCAAAGAGCUUAAUAAGAGAAUAUGUUCCAACAUGCUGGUGGAAGCAGAAUACUUCUCCAAGCAAAGCUCGCCACGCUAUCACGAUUUAUUCAUGGAGCAAAUUGCUCUUUGUGGUAUGGAAGGAUUUCGUGAAGAUUUUUGCAAAGAGGAAUGGACUCUUAAAAUAAUUAAUUGGCAAUAUGACGAUGGAUGCUGGGGAUUAACUGAAAACAGCAAACGUAUAAAAAGGGAGGAAAAGGUCUUGAAAAAUGGAUGCUUGGCGCAUAGAACUGCCGUGGCACUAUCUUCUCAAACUCAACUACUGCGCCACCUAUUGGAAAAGAGUGACAACUAAAUAUUUUAUUCAACUUACAUUACACAUAGUAGAUGUACAUUGUCACUAUUAGCUAUAAAUUAAUAUAUUACUUGUGUAAUUAAAAAAAUUAAUAUUAGGAGCAUAAAAGUAAUGAUAAUAGAGUUAUGACAACUCAUAUUAAUAAUAAAUAAGCAACUUUUAACAUGUAUAAAACAUUAAUUAAUUAUCGUGAAAUAUAUGUGUAGAAACUUCUUUUUUCUUUUCUUUAAAAGGAAUAAGAAUAUAUAUACUGCAUACUCCAAUUAAUAUAUAUAUAUAUAUAUACAGUAUAUGUUUCUCCCAAGUAAGACUAUUCUCGAUACAUGUAAGGUAUAUUGCACUGGUUUUAGUAAUUCGUGCUAAAAAAGAGCUUCCUCUUAUAACUUUGUAUCACACUUCGAUAUUAUUGUUCUACAUUUUUCUGUAUUUUCUAAACUCUUAAGUUAUUUAAAUCAAGAAAUUCACAUUAUGCUUACAAAAUAACAAUAGAUUUAUUACGUAAGUGGUAUAACCUUGUAGCUUAAAUUUGGUAGUCACAUUUAAUAAGAGGACAGUGUUUUUGGCUGAUAUAAAAAAUUUUAUAUAUAGUUAUAUAUAGUUACAACGAACAUUCUCAACUAAUAUAUGAAGUUUUGUAAAUGUAUUUAAUUUUUCCCUUACUUGCGAAUGAUGAAUUUUCAUUACUAAACGAGUUACAUAUAGAGUAUACGAAACGAUGUAUGCAAUAUAUGUUCAAUGUUGUUCUAUUAGGUGUUAUUAUUCUUAAUUAGAAUACAGUUGCACGCAUACGAA